AGACCGCUACGUCAUAGCCUUUAAUCUCCUUUUCCGAGGGACAUGAGCUUCGGAUUGCCUUGUCUAUCAUUUUUCUUUUUUCCGUAUUAUCGCCGCUGAUUGGUUGCCCCCGACCAGACCCCUCCCGGAAUUCACCGAAAAGAUGGCGACUGUUGUUUUUGUGCUUUGAGGUGGGUCGUAGAGCGCUGCCAGGAGUUGUAAGUAACGUUUACGUUCGUUGUUGUCGGGCCGGACAUGUGGUCUCUAUGAACGUGGAGCAGUGAAACUACGUUGCUCCUUGUCUUCUGGUCCCCUGCAUGGACUGUACGGACACACGUUGAUUCGGACUAGAGCAGGAGGCUGUGCCUUGUGCACCUACCGGCCGGGAUCUGUCAGCAGGCCCAGGAGCUGAGUGCGGGUGUAGGCCUGGAGCUGGCUAGGGUGAAGACGUCUAUGCUGUGCUCGUUUGCAGUUUCCGCAAAAAAAAAAUGAAGAACAAACUAGUAUGCACACCUGGAGCAGAAGACCAAGAUGAGGAAAAUGAAAGUAUAACUAAUGAUGUAUCCAGUUAUGCGAAGCAGAGAUGUCCCAUUUGUCUGAACUUUCUUACACAAGAUGUUGGCAUUCCUGAAAAUUGUUACCAUGCAUUCUGUGUGGCAUGUAUUCUAAAGUGGUCUGAAACAUCCACAUCCUGUCCUGUUGAUCGAAAACUUUUCAAAGCAGUUUAUAAAAUCAAUCAAAGUGGGGCAUUCACAAAGAUCCAAGUAAAGUCUCGAAGACUGAAAGAAACACACGACAGCUGCUACUCCAGUUGCAAUCAUAGUUGUUCCCUUUGCUCUCUCUGUAACAAAAUAUGCAUCAGAACAGAAGCAGACCGUGCAUUACAAAAUCAAAGUUUAGAGUGUGACAAGGUACAAAAAGGAUGCAUAAUAAAUAAAGAGAAAAAUGAAUCUGAACCAGAGAUAAACAGUUUAAGCUGUACUAGCAGUUGUUUUACGGAUAUCGCUGCUUCAUGUAAACCAAGCUCUUUGAUUCCAGUCAUACCAUACUGCACUGAUAUCAAUGCAGAAGUACCCGAAAACAAGGAAAUGGAUUUAAUUAUUCAGAAAAGAGAAGAAAUGAAAUAUUUGCAAUCCCGUUCUGUAAUGCCCGGCAUUCAAAGCACUUGUUUUUCUAUGGACACUGGAACACUAACCCGUCCUGUGGUUUCAUCAAGACUUAAUGAAUUCAUCUUCCAUUUAAAUUAUUUUUCAGUCCACAAUAAAGGUUUCUCAAAGAGAAUGUGCGUUCUGUCUGCUGUUCAGGAAGGCACAGAAAAGAAGCAGACCACAUCUGGCUCAUCGAAUAGAAGAGGAACAAAAAAAAAGCCUGUAUAUUCAAGCACUAGAAGGCGAUCCACGAGAAAUAGCAAAUCUGAAGAUAUGGGUGAGUCUCAAGGCUCACCAAAAUCCAGUAAUUCUGAUCGUGAUACUUCUGGAUGCAACAGCUCGUCUACAAAUGUUUCUUCAUCUGAAAACUGUUUAAAGCAGACCCCAAAACAAAGGAAAAGGCCAACUAAAAAGGGAUCUCAAGUUAGAAGGCGUCUUAGAUCCUCUGCACAAACAGAAGAGGUAUCUAGUGAAAGUGAGGCCAACUCUGCAAAUGAAACAGAACAAGAAUCUGAGGAAAAGCAGUUAUCUGAAGAAAUUCAAUCAGAAAUGGAUAUAGUUAAGUCUGAUACUGAAGCAACUUGUGCUAGCAAGGAAGAGUGUGGUCAGUCCCCAUCUUCUCCUUCUAUUGAGAAUAUGUCUAAGGAGCAACUUGCUUCACUGUCCUCCCUUAAACAAUCGGAUGUUGACUUGCCGCAUUAUCCGUCUUUACAAAGUGAGCAGAAUUGUGGUUUUGGCAAACCUGCCUCUCCUGUAUUAAAAAAUGAGAUGUUUAAACAGGAUUUAUUACCAGCUUCUCCUGCAUCUGAAAUUCAUUUGGAGUCAGAAACAGCGCAGUUGCAAGACUUAUCGGAUACUGAAAUGCAAACAGAGCAAGAACAGGAAUGUGCUUCUACCUCUGAAAAGCAGGAUUUAGAAGGAAUAGAAACUCCAGGUUCUCCAUUUUCUAAAAAUAACCACAGCUCAGAAAAUGAGUCAUCUCAGUCUUUCCAUUCUCCGAUGAUGCAACAAGAAAUUGAAGUGGAGGAUUCUGUACUUUCUUCUGAUUCUGAGCAUCAGGAGCCCAAAGGCCUGUGUGUGCUAGAUUCUCUUGAAGAAAACUUGCAAGAUAGCAAGCAUGAAGUUCUAGAAUCUUCCAUCUCACUGAAAGAGCAGCAUUCAGAAGAUAACACGGAUGUCUCAGUUUUAGAGAAUGCAGAGCUGUUGUCACCUACCCCCUCAGAAAAUGUUGACAACCACAGUGAAGGCUCUUUAAUUUCUUUCACCCUGAAUAGAGUUGAGCAAUCUGAAGUUGUGUGUUCAAAUAAAGAUCAUGAUGAUUCAAGAGAGAAGUGCAUUUUAGAACCUGGUUCUUCUGAAGAUUCUUCUAAAACAAAUAUUUCAACAGAGUUAAAUGUGGUUGUUCCUAUGGAUACAUUUAUAUUGGAGCAAAAAUCUAAUCUGGAUAUACAGAUAAAUAACUUAGCUGGUUCUGUUAAAGAAACCGAACAAAUAGAAUGUUUUGAAGAAAGUGCCACUGCAACAUGUAUACUAGAGGACAGUGAGGAGAAUACAUCUUCUGAAAAGUCUGUAAAUAAAAGUGAUGAAGAUACAGAGUUUGCCCAAACAGAUAUAACAGAAAAUGUCCUUGACGCUUGUGAAAAUAUUUCAGAAAUCAUAGAAACAAAAGAAAAUUCUACUUCAAUCGAAAGUUUUGAAAGCUCUCUAAAGCCACCUGCUGUUUUAGAUGAGUGUAAAAUAACAUUACCAGACAAUAACGAAAAUGGAAAUGCUUCUAUAAUAAACUGUGAGCAACCAACAGUUUUGGGUGAUGAUGACUAUGAUUCUGUAGCAAUGCAGUGUGACUCUCUUAGUGAUCAAAAUGAUUCUGAAAUUGAUCAUCCUUCAGAAGUAAAGGAAAAUUUUAAACUUGAUUUAGAAGUAACGCAAAAGGAAAGAUUGAACCUUAAUUCAGAAGUAGCAAUUUGUACAACGGAAGAAUUGAACUCCCCAAAUACAGAGCCAAAGCAAAUAAAUAAUGAUAAAAUAAAGAGUGAUUCUAGAACUAGAAAGUCUAGAUUUCAUUCUCCUUCCACUCAGUGGUCACGUAGUAAAAGUGAAGUCAAAGAAAGGCAGAGAUCCCGCUCCCCUGCUAAACCUACAUGUAAAUCUAGAUCCCGCUCCCCUGCUAAACCUACAUCUAAAUCUAGAUCCCGCUCCCCUGCUAAACCUACAUCUAAAUCUAGAUCCCGCUCACCUGCUAAACCUACAUCUAAAUCUAGAUCCCGCAGCAGAGAGAGAGAUGAACGCGAGAAAGGUGGACAGUGGAAAGGAAGAAGCAGAGACCAUAGAACCAGGAAACAAUCUCACUCUAGAUCUAGAACCAGAUCUCGUUCUAGAUCUGAAAAUCGUUCCAAGAUAAGAAACAGGUGUAUUGCUCCUGAAAGGAAUGAGAAGGUUUGCUUUUCUCCUCCCUGGAAGGAAAGAUGGCCACCAGAUAACUUUAAGGGAUCAAGAGGGAAUGAAAGAUACAAACGUAACAAACAAGACAGACCAAGAGAGUAUUUCAGAAAUGAUUGGCAGGAUAUAAAUAAAGAUAAAUUUGAACAGCAUUAUGAAGAUAAAAAUAAAAAUGAUUACCCAGACUGGGUAGUCGAACAGAAAUCUGUUAAGCAUAGAGGCCGAGGUCAGGAUAGACCUAGACAAUCUUAUAGAGGUUCUCACUGGGAAGAUAACCAAUAUAAUUCCAGGGACUCUUGGAAUAAAAAUGCUAACUUGGACUGGCAUUCACCAAGAGGUGGUGGUUUUCGUGGCCGUGGUGGUUUUCAUGGUGCAUUUAAUCAUGGAGACCAGAAUGAAAGUCGUUGGAAUAAUAGAUCAUCUUUUUCAGGGAAUUCAGGGUAUGAGCAAUCAAGGUUCCCAGAGCCAAGAAAUUACAAGCCUAAGUUUGAGCAGGAUCAAUUUGGUUCACCUGCUGCCCGAUCUGGGUGGUCGUCUACAUCAAGUUGGGCUGUAAGAAAAACAUUACCUGCAGAUGUACAAAAUUACUAUUCAAAAAAUUCAAAGAGAGGAAGAACCACAGGUUUACAGUCUGGAUGGCCAAAGCAGGAUGAACCUUCAGACCCAGACUUUGUGAAAAGAUAUUAUCUUCAGAAGAGUACCACACUAAAACGGGCUGUUACACCUCUAUAUGCCUACCUUGAUUCAGCUGGGGAACUUUCCGUGCAUUCAGCUGGGCACAGGUGUCUAUACAGCUCCGUUUAUUUGGCUUUCCAGAAAGUACAAAUACAAGAAAGAGCAGCACAAGAAGUAAAAAUGGCCAUAAAACCAUACUACCAAAAUAAAGAUAUAACGAAAGAAGAAUAUAAGGAAAUUGUAAAGAAAGCAGUAGAUAAGGUUUGCCACAGUAAGAGUGGUGAAGUUGAUUCAUCUAAAGUGGCAAAUCUUGUGAAAGCAUACGUAGACAAGUAUAAACACUCGCGGAAAAAGGGGCCUGAUUGAAAAGCUCUGAGAACACACAUUUCCUGGAGUCAAGUAGAUUAAGGACUGCAAAUAUAAUUGUCAAAGUGCAAUUUCAGUGUUUGUCAUUAAUAUAAUUAUUCAGAGCUGUAAUUGGAAUCAGGUUUUGAUAAAAUUAUUUUUCAAUGUAGGAAUAUGUUUGAUUACACUUAGAUAUGUUACUUGCCCCCCAUAAAUAAAAUUUUGUUUUUACUGUCAAGGAAUCAUCAUGAUGUACAGCAUAUUGAAUUAAUGAGAUAUGUAAUAUUGAAAGAUCUUUAUGUCCGUAUUUGGCUUUUCAGCCAGGUACUGUAUGUACAGUACAUAUAAUUUGUUGGGUAAAAUUUCUGAUCCUAAGAAUCACUUUAAACGUUUUUUCCUUAAUUGUUGUGAAAUGUUUCCUCCACUUCUUCCAAGUCUAACUGGACACACUGAUUAUUUACACAAUGUAUGUACCUGUCAAAAUCUUGAUAAAGAAACUGAUCAGAAAAUAAACUUUCAGAACUAUCA